CAGGCCAAUUCUUCAUGCAGCGGGUGGAGUACCCUGACUUCUCAGUGGAGAUUUUCAUGCUGGACACCAACAUGAUGGACUCUCAUCCAAAGCACGCAGAUCCCAAACACAACAUCUGUGGCCAAAUGCACAACCCUCCUGGGGCUAGCUGCUCGGCCACUGGCGGCCCCAAGAAUUUGGAUGACUGCUUCAAGUUCAUGUGGGAUGUUUGGAGAGAUGAGCAGAAGUGGACCGAGAAGAAGCUCGAAAGCUCCACCGCGGACUGGCAGAUUGUGGCAACCCACUUCCAGUGUGGACAUCAGGCUCAAUGGUACAAGAAGCUGCACGGUGAGCUUGGCCUUGACCUUCUUGUCACUGGACAUACUCACACCCAAGCCAUCUUCGACAAGUGGAAGGUUUUGGGUGGCUUGACGUGCUUCAUCACUGGCGGAGGCGGUGGCAUCACCUCAGAGAACCCGCCUGAUGUGCCCAGAAGCUCUGCGUAUGGCUUCUUCGACAUGACAGUCUCCAAGGACACGAUCAAGUUGGAGUCAGUGAAUUUCAAAGGUGAGGUUGUUGGCAGGGCCACGGUAACGCCUGUGGGAAAGGGUGGGGCGAACGCAACAGCGGCCUAAUUGCAUGCACGCUCAGCACAAGGAUGUUGAGUGAAAAUGGCCCAAACAGGGCUUUCAUAGAGGCUGGCAACCAGAUUUGGCUGAUUUAGGUUUUGAACUUUUGAGGAAGGCCAACCUCAAAAACGGCCGAACUAAAAAAAGUCGCAAAAAGGAGUUCCGAGUGCUUGUGGGUUGCACCAGUCCCU